AAAAACCGUUGCUUGAUGACGUUUUAGCGGUAUGGUGGUGGAGGCAAUAGGUUUCGCAAAGUCUGAACGCCGACGCUUCAACGAUGCUGAAUAUGUCUUGUCGUUGGUGGGCGACACCGAAUCCCUGAGCAUCGAGGUGGAGCACGCAGAGGACGGUCGGCGAUGGCGUUCCCGGUUCGCUGCAAGUUUCGUGGAGGAAAUCACGCGCCGAACGGGGAAUGCCAAAAAGUUUGAUGUAUUUUGCCGGAUGUUGCUUUCAGCAUUGGCACAGGAGUCCGACUCUGUCUACUUAGACGUCCUCACUGCUCGUGACCUGGAAAUGCUCCGGCGUCAUGCAAACCCACAGGGACCGCCCACUGCAAAUCCAGCCGCGGCUCAAUCAGACAAGAGGUAUGUGAUCCUCACAUACCGAGCGGAGUUUGACAAGGUGCACUAUCCGUUGCCACUUCCGCUGGAUGAGAGAAGCGAAGAGGAUGUCUUGCGAACAAUGGUCACGCGCUUGAAAUCUGAGCUUUCUCAAGCACAGGACACCGUAGCCAAACUGCAGGGUCCUCAUCUUGUGGAGCCAGACAAUGAGCAGCUGCUGGCGCUGCAAAGGCAGAACAAACAGCUGAGCGAAGGCAUGCAAGCAAUACAAAAGGAAGCGGAGCAGCUAAGAGCGGAGUUGCGGCUACGAGUCACCAGCCAAGGUCACCAGAACCAUGCUCGUGACGAUGAGGUGCUGCGACUGCGCAACGAGCUGACUCGCACCAAGGCAGAGGUGAAGAGCCUCAAAAACGAACUCCAACAACGGGAGCUUGCGCAAAAACGCACCCGUGAGAAGGAAGCUGCGGAGCUGCGGGCAGAGAGGCAGAAGGCAGAUCGCUUGCAGUCACAGCUCAAGAAAGUGGAGGAGGAGAAGCGGAGUUUGGCUGCGCGCAUUCGUGGUGACAGGUCGCGACCUGCAUCUCGCACCCCGAGUGCUGAGAGGGCCCGACCUCCAUCCAGGCCACCGAGUCGUCCUCCGCCUCGGCCGAUGAGGCCAACGAGCAGAGGUUCCUCUGUGGCAUCAUCACGAGAGCGGACGCCGUCGCCCAGUUCCUUUUUACGCGGCAGGCCUGCGGAUGGCAGAGACAGCAGACCGGCCCCCCCUCGCCAAGAAGCAAGGCCCAGCUUGAAGUCGGGUUCACCAGGACGGAAUGAUGCCAGGAGUUACUCUCCAGGUUCCACGCUGUCACCCUACAGGCGUCCUGCGGGGCCAGGGAGUCGCAGUCGUGAGUGCACGCCUUCUCCACAGUCCCUGCGACGUGGACCGUCCAGCAAUGGUGCAAGCAAAGUCACAGGUUCUGCCUUUACCCUCAGAGAGCGCAGCGGAGCCACACCAGGCCUUAGUGCCAAGCCUGUAUCCACUCGGUAUGGAGGCGGAACAGCAGUUGCGCCGCCGGAGGUCCCUGAUUCACACCAGCCAGGGAGCCUGUUUGGACUGGCAGCAAAUCUGGGCCUGGGAGGCGUGGCAGCUCCAGAUGCCGAGGCCUGUGACAUUGAUGCCCGUCUCCAAGCCUUGCAGUCCUUCCUAAAGCAGACGAAGAACAUAGCUGCUUGAGAGUCACUGCUGUGCCGCUUUGGCUUGGCCUUCAUCUUUCACCUGGUCACAUGGCAUACGAUUCAUA